AUGGCCUCACAAAGAUCGAACUCUGGGGACGGAGGCAAGGCAAUUCAAGAGGUUGAAUCUGCCGCGGAGAGUUCAUCCAGAGAUGACUCUCCGUCAAGUGACUUCAGCAGCGACUGGAGUCUCCUCGGGCAGAUUUCAGACGAGAGGUCCAGCACCUCUUCAUCAGAGACCAGGGGACACAUGUCCCGAGCAAACCCUGAUGAGGAUCCCGUAGACUUCGUCUACGAGCGACUUUUCGGUGGCUGCACACCAGAACAAGUGCAGCGCUUCAAAGAAGAGAUGAGGGAGCUAGAGUCCUCAACGAGAGGGGUAGCCUCCCUGUCCGACAUCUCGUCUGUCGAGCAGAAGGAAGCUGCUCUCGAGAAAUGCGAAGACGAUGACUGGCAGGACGAGAAGGACGACUGGAUGGACGAAGACGACCACUGCCUUGCCGAGGACGAUUCCUGCCAUGGAGAUAAAGACGAGGAUGGCGUGGAUCACGGAGAUUUCGACUCCAGUGGAGACGAAUACUUCAGCUGCGAUGAGCAUCAGGGCGACGCCGGAGACGACGCCUCCGAGGAGCCCUCGCCGCCGGGCCUCGGAAGCGCCACCUGCGACGCACCGAUUCCGGCAGGACCUCGGAGUGAGACGGCGAACGGAGACGCCAGUCACGGCGGGGCCCCAGCAGAUGUCUCCGAGCAGAGCCCCGAGACCAAACAGCGCACUCCUGUCGCCCCCGAACAUCGCAGCGUCGGCCAGGCUCGGAUCAGAGCCGAGCGGAAUGGCAGGAUCACCUUCAUCGGAGGCCUGGAUGGGGAAGGAAUCGGGGAAAUGAGCAGCGAGGAUCCACUCUCGGACUAUAUCCCUCAAGUCAGACUCGAUCCUCUUCUCGGCGAGGGGAACGGCCAACAGGGCCCGCGGGAGUUUAGGAGCUGGUUGAGAAUGGGUGCUCCGAGAUCUCCACCCUCAUGGCAAGACACUCUUCCCGCCAGAGAAGGUCUCUACCGCUGGGACUGCCCUGUUUGUCUCUGCGCCUUCGAGAGCGUGCUAGGCUGGGAUUCGCACCUCAGGCUCCAUGCCAGACGGACGCCAAACGUCUGCGCGAAGUGCCUCAUGAUCCUGCCUAGUGAGCCCACAGUCCUUGAGCACCUCAAGUUGCAUCUAGCGGACAAAGUCUUCCCGUGUCAUCGCUGCCGAAUCACCUUCGAGAGCAACUAUCAGUUGAUCGUGCAUCGAGCGGAGCAUGGGUGCCUCGCGUCGUUGCCCCCGGGAGAUCACGGCAACGUUUCCAGUCUCGGAGAGAUGCCGGCGUACGACUGUCCCCUCUGUCCGGCGAGAUUCGCCUCCACCUUCGGUCUCGCAGCUCAUCGAGGCUGGCACGAGGGAAACCAAUCCUUCCAAUGUACAUCGUGCAGGCUGCUGUUCUUCAGCCCUCGAGAUUUCCUGGAACAUCGCCGCACCCAUCUCCAGCUGGAAACGUUCCUCUGCGAUCGAUGUGACUGUCGAUUCCGAACGCAGACAGAGCUGCAGUUCCACAGACAGUGUAACGACGGGAUGCAACACCUGGCAGAGCUCAUGCAGAGUCAACACGAGCUCAGACAGAGUCAUUCUAGGUAG